GGCUGCCUCUUCGCCAUGCGAUCUUACGGUACAGCGCCAUCGGCACCAUUGGCAGCUGCUCCUGCUGCCGCGCGAGCAUCGAAGCACCUCCUCCUCCUCCCCUUGCUUGCCCUUGCUGCUGUCUUGCUCCUUGCUGCCAGCCGUGUGGCCCCAGUCGCACUCUGGAACGCUGCUCACAACGAUGAGAUCAGGUUGGACAACGUAGGCAGGCCCCACCCGUCCGAGUUUGCGCACACCCCCGUCUCCAACGGCAACCUCGAGAAGAAGCUCAUGAGUGAGGUUCUCACUCAUCGCCACCAUGUCAUCGUGGACCCCAGGGAGGUUCAGCAAUACUACCAGCCCCUUAAGUGGAUCCAUGAGCAGGGAGAGCCGUCGGCCAGGGCCAGGCGCGGCGCAGCUCUUGGGCAGCGUAAGAUUGCUCGUCAGCAGAUGCUUUGGAACGAUAAGAUUCUCAGGAUGAGCCCAGAGAAGGUCAACACCAUGAUCGCCAGCAGCGUGCGCUCCUUGGACAACCAGACUCCCAAGACUUUCCGCUCCAAGCUAAACCAGAAGAUUAUCAAUGACAUUCAAGCAGCAGACCACUGAUCGAUGGCAUGCUGCUGAGAUGCUGGUGGAGUGGUGAGAAAACGUUUUAGUAAAUACAACAAGUUUCUC